AUGGUUUAUAUUCAUGAAAAAUAUAAAGAAACGACAAUUAUGAACAAGAAUGAGCAAAACAAAAAAUUGCGGGCGGCAAUCCCAAUUGAGAUAAUCGCCGAAAUACUCUCACGAUUACCAGUCAAAGCACUUCUCCGAUUUCAAAUCGUCUGUAAAUCAUGGAAUUCCUUAAUCAAAUCCCCCAAUUUUAUCAAAAUUCACCUCAAUCAAACCCUAAUUACCAACUCCGAUCGUCAUAUCCUCCUCUCCGACACGACUCUUCAAUGGUCCGAGCUCGACGUUGACCUCCGCCGUAACCACCUCUCUUUCUCGGAGCUGAAUCACCCCCUCAAACCACACAAAGGGCUCCAAUUGAUUGGUUCGUGCAACGGCGUCGUUUGCAUUUCUACUAUCUCUAAAUCCGAGGUCUUCUUGUACAAUCCUCUUACAAAUUCUCAUCGUAAGCUUCCCUCCAAUCCAAUUCCAGUUCCUGAUCUUACUAAAAUGCUGUUAGGGUUUGGAUACGAUAGCAAGAACAACGAUUAUAAGGUUUUGAGGAUUAUUCAGGGGCGUGGAUUACUUGGUAAUACCAAAAAUGAAGCUCAAGUGUAUAGUUUCAAUGAUAAUUCAUGGAAAUGUAUCAAAGCUUUCAUGCCACAAAUGAGCCUUCUUUGUGUGGAUUUAACUGAUAAAGAGAAGAAGAAAGCUCGAGAAAGAGCUAAUUAUGCAUUGGACGACAGCCUUGGCAACUUGACCUUCAAAAUAAACCGCCUGGCACUGUACAAAACUGAUACUGAAGAUAAGUCGCUCAAAUCAUGGCUGUUCAAAAUAAGCUGUUUAGCGUGCUGCUUGCUCUUGCUGUUAGAAGAAUCUCUUUACAGGUAGUUUGAUCAUAUGGAAACCUAUCAAGUUGUGAAGGCUUCUCUUGUUCUACAGUGAUCGGUUUUGCGCUGUAUUUGGUUUAAGCAGGAUGUUGACUGACUGAGUUUUUUGCAACAAUAAGUUUGGUCCAAA